AUGAGCAAUCAAUAGCUUUAAAAAUUGAUAAACAACACUUUUAUAACCAAAAAGAGAGUUUCUGCUGGGUCUUUUGGUGUAGUAUACUGUGGUCAAGACAUCAAUACUAGAGCUUUGGUAGCCAUUAAAAUUGACAAAGCCAAUAAGGAAGACUCCAGUCUAGAAAGAGAAGUAAUUGAAUUAUCAUGAAUUAAUAAGGCAGAAAUAUUAAGAAGAUUGUAAAAAGUACCUUAGAUUCCAAAGUUGUAUUGGGCAGGAAAAGAAGGAGAUUCAAACAUGCUUGUUAUAUAAUAUUUGGGAAGAGACUUGACACAUUAUCUGAAAACAUUUCGUAAGUUUUCAUUACGAUGUGUACUUAAUAUAGCUGAACAAAUGAUCAAUAUUUUAGAAAACAUUCAUAGAAAGUAAGUAAUCAUAAAUUAAAUAUGUAGCAAAGUGUUGCAUCGAGAUAUUAAACCUGAAAAUGUUCUAGUGGGAAAAGAAGAAGAAGAAAAUCUACUUUAUAUAGUUGAUUUUGGAAUCAGCAAAUUUUAUAAGGAUGAAAAUGAUUCACAUAUGUAAAAAUGAAUCAGUAAAAUUUAGUUCCUACAGAGAAAAUCAACCAUUUAUUGGAACUACAAGAUAUGCUAGUAUUAAUGCUCAUAAAGGUACAUCUUUAAGCAGAAGAGAUGAUUUAGAAUCCUUAGGUUAUAUGCUGAUCUUUUUAUUAAAGGGUAAAAUGUACCAAUUUAAUAUUAUAAAGGUUAAUUACCCUGGUAAAAUUUGUAAUACACAGAUGAAGAAGAUAAAAUGCGUUAAGUUGGUUAAAUGAAGAUGAAAAUGGAAAUUAGUGAACUCUGUAAAGGAAUUCCUAUUGAAUUUGGAAGAUUUUUAGAAUACAUUAAAGCUUUACCAUUUAAAGCAGAACCUAAUUAUAAAUAUUGUCAAUCACUUUUUAAAAAAAUAUGUUAAGAACACAAUUAUUAAUAAAAAGAUAUAAUCUUUGAUUGGGAAACUGGUCCUAAAUCAGAUAGGAAUGAUGAUAAAAGAAAAUAAACUAUUGAACCUCAUUUAUCUAGUAGUUAAAAUAGCAAUUUAGUUAAUAAUAAACCAUCAUUGUAAUUUAAUAAAUUUAUUAUUUCUUAGAUUCAAAAAAUCAAAAGAAGAUGUCUCAUCUAAUAAUAUUGGAGGCUCUCUACUUAAUUAUUCUCUUGAAUAAUUAGAGAUGAAUUCAUUACUCAAAACUCCUGAAUAAAGAAAAUCCAAUUUAACACCUGAUAUUAAUAGAAGAAAGAAUAGAAUGCAAUCAGUAAGUAGUUAUAAUGAUUCUCAUUCUGAAUUGGAAAACAAUGGAAGUAUAAUGUUAGGAAUUUAACCAAGUAUGAUAAGUAGAUUAAGCAAAUUAUCAUUUAAUUCAUUUUCUAGAGUACGCGAUAGUAAAUAAAACCUAACAUUGACUCCAGAAUAAAGAAAACCACAUAAACAAGAAAAAAAGUUAACUAUUACUCCAAAUCCUUACAUAGAAUAAAUUCCUGGUUAAAAAAAGAAAUCAUUUAUUAAAAAUUCUAACUCAUAAUAAUAAUUAUCAAUUAAAAAGGAAGAAGUUGAAGAAACUAUUAGAGAUUUCUCUAAAAUGAAUGAAACUGAUGAAGGAAUUGAACCUAAAUAUAUGCUUCUGAAAUAAGCAUCAGUAAAUGCGUAUGUAAAUUUUAUUUAUGAUUAUGUAGACGCUUCAAAAAAUCAAUAAAUGGGUAAAUCAAUAAAAUGUAAAAAUAGUUUUGA